UCUACGUACAAUUAACGGAGAUUUUAAUGAAUUUUACAUAUAUUAUACUCAACACAGAUAACAUUAAUUAGAAUAAUGAUCAUGAAGAGCUGAGUGGAGAAAUAUCUGUUUGAUGUCACAGAUAUAAGUUAGAGUAACAGAAAUUGAGUUUGGAGAAGAACAAAACAGACGAAUGUGGCAUUAAAUAGGAACAUGUGGCUAUACUUAAAAUUGUUAAAUUUCGUUCUGUGUGGAUUUAAACUUGCAAAUGUGACCAUUAAGAGGAUAAACAGAGACAAAUGGAAUCCAUUUUUGAAACAAUAAUGUCUUCUUUAGUGUAUAACACGAGCAAUUUUUUUUACAUUUUAUGGGCUAUUUUCCCUUUAAUUUUCGUUCCAUGCAUGAGCGAGAUACCAAAUUCCUUGUUGUUAGAGAUGCAAGACGUGAAGUCCAGUAAAGAAUUUUUUGAUAAAUUUGUGGAUGGAGGUUAUAGAAACUAUACAGGUGAAAAUCUUUUAGAAUUUGACGAAAGUAUCAGCAAUUGUCAACCAGUAGAAACUGUAAUUGCUAUGCCACCUUCAUCGGAUCCAACAUUAUUCACCAUCCCAAAAUGUGUCAUUGUUGAUCGUUGUAAAGGAUGUUGCGGUGUUGCAGUUCUAGAAUGCGCACCCUUAAAAACAAUAGAAAAGAAUUAUAGAGUAUCUCGAUUCAACUACAACAUAGAAAAAGGCUUGAUGGAACUUAUAGAAGACGAGAUACUUACAAUCGAAGAGCAUACGGAGUGCGGUUGUAAAUGUAAAAUAAAUCCAAGCGAUUGUACGAAUGAACAAACUCACGAUCCACGAAUGUGCAAGUGUAUCUGUAAGAAUAGCAAUCAGAUAGCGGAUUGUUUGGCUUCUGAUAAGCUAUGGGAUGUAGAAACAUGCCAAUGUAAAUGUAAGGAAGUGGAAGAAUGUUCAACUGGUUAUACAUUUAAUUCGGAAAUUUGCAAAUGCGAGUGACGAAAAUAAGGCAAAGAAAUCAUUAAAAUGUUAAUUAAAUGUAAACUUUAUUGAUUUAAUCACUAAAACAUAUAUUAAAUUUACUAAAUACAUUUUAUUAUGGUUUAUUGAUGUCAAUUUAAUAUGUAAAAUAAAAUUUUGAUAUUUUCAAUUUUGUUAUGUAUUCGUGACGGCAGAUGGCGAUACGUACAUA